AUGGCGUCGCUCACCAUGAUGGCGUCCCUCUCCGCGGCCGUGGCGGUCGACCGGCGCGCGGCAGCCCCGCGCCGCGGCCUCGUGGUGGCCCGGGCCGCCAAGGUCGAGGGCCAGCAGGAGCCGGCGGCCAAGAUGGCAGCCGUGGAGCCCGCCACCGACGGCCGCCGUGCCGUGGUGUUUGCUGCCGCCGCUGCGGCCUUGUCGGCCAUUGGCGGGGUGGCGUUCGCCGAGUCGGACGUCAAGAAGGGGAGUCCCGAGGCCAAGAAGAAGUACGCCCCCGUCUGCAUCACCAUGCCCACCGCCAAGAUCUGCCACAACUGA